GACACUUUGAAAAAUCAAAUUGAACUCUCACACGGGAGAGAUGGGUAUCAUAAUUCUCUUUAUUUUUGUUAUUUAUUUAUUUAUCUUUUGCAAUUUAGCAACACCAAUUAACCGACUAAUACCACCUCUGUCCCGAUUUUAUUACGAGUCAAAAAAAAAAAAAAAAAAAACGUAAAAUCAAUUAAAGACCGUUUGGAUGAACUAAAAAGGGCUGCCCCAAAUCCAUUCAGAGACCGGUUUGGGCUUUUGAUUAGCACCCAAAUUGAGUCCAACUUGAAAAAGUCCGUGCCCUCAGCUAGACGACCAUGAGCGACACAGUAUACCGAACACCGAACACGCCAAGCUUUCUUCUAUACACCGUCGAUUUGUUUUCAUUUGUCAGUUCCAAAUGUAAAUGAUAUAUAUAUAUAUAUAUAUAUAUAUAUAUAUUUUAAGAAGAAAAAUACAAGAAGGCCUUAGGCCAAAACGAUCACCUGCAAUUACCCACUCCUACUUUUCCCAUCGAUAUUGAUCGAUUUCAGUGCUGAACGUGCAAUCGUUAAUAUUUUCCAAGUGUAGAUAUGCUAUCUAUCAAGAAAGUGAGCCAUCAAGUGGCUCCUUUAUUUUCUUUGCUCAGUCCUAGUAAAUUCAGUACUGUCAGGGUUUUGAGAUACCAACUUCAGGUUUAUUGGAGUCAUAAGGCUCUCUAUCAGUUUUAUGGCUCUUCAUUGACCAAUUUAAAUAUGCAAAUUAAUCUCUUGGAUUUUCACCAUAAAUUCACCAAUCCUUUACAAUAUCUUUCGACUAUGGCUGGUACAGUCCUGGUCCAGGCACGAGACCCAGCUAAAUUAUGCAUGGAACUACAAGAUGCAAUUGAUGAGCAUAGACUCAGUGAUGCAUGGAAGUUGCAAGAACAGCACAUGCAGAUGGAAGGGUUUCCUAGAAAAUCCAUUGUGAAUAAAUUGCUUACAAGUUUUGCAGAGAGCCAAGAUGUUACGUGGCUUGAGAAAGCUUAUGGAUUGGUGGAGAAAGCUAUCGAGGGGAGUAAACAGAAUUUGUUAGAGAAGGAGACUCUGAUUUAUCUCGCUUUCGCUCUUGCUAGAUGUGGAUUACCUGUUCCUGCAUCGACUGUGCUGAGGAAGUUACUAGCAAUGGAGCAAUUUCCCCCAGUGACUGCUUGGUCUGCAAUCUUGGCCCACAUGUCACGAACAGCUCCUGGAUCUUAUCUUGCUGCUGAGUUGGUUCUUGAGAUAGGUUACUUAUUCCAAGAUGGCAGGGUGGACCCACGCAAAAAGAUUAAUGAACCUUUGAUUGCUAUGAAGCCUAAUACAACUACGUUCAACAUUGCUUUGGCUGGCUGUCUUCUGUUUGGUACUACAAGGAAAGCAGAGCAACUCCUUGAAAUGAUGCCUCAUAUCGGUGUCAAAGCCGACACAACCUUAUUGAUCAUCAUGUCCCAUAUUUAUGCGAGAAAUGGACGAAGAGAAGAACUCAAGAAGCUUAAGAGACACAUAGAUGAAGCCCAUGACCUUAGUGAUAUUCACUUUCGACAGUACUAUAAUUGCUUGCUUACAUGCCAUUUGAACUUCGGGGAUCUAGAAUCUGCAUCCCACAUGGUUCUGGAAAUGGUUCGAAAGGCAAAGGAAGCACAAAAUUCUCUUGCUUCUGCUACACUCAUUUUUGAAGCCGCAGAAAGUGGCAAGACAGCAGUCACAGCGCCUUCUAGACAACAUUUGAACGAUAGAAAAUCUGACGAAUCAGAGAAUCCUCGAUUACUUAGAAGCCCUUCAAUUUCUUAUUAUGAUUUUUUUAGAGACCGAAAAUUUUCAGAACUCGAAUUUGAGGCUAAAGACUUACUUGAGAUGUCGUUGGUGAAGUUGCAAAGUCAAGUCCAAUUGAUCACAACUGAACGUGGUAUUCUCCAACCCACUGAAAGAAUGUAUGUGAAAUUGGUCAAAGCUUUCCUGGACGCUGGCAAGAUGAAGGAUUUGGCUGAUUUUUUUAUCAAAGCAGAGAGAGAAGAUUCUCCAGUUUCUGCAGAUAAUUCUGCCUUGGUUCAUGUAAUCAAUUCAUGCAUUUCACUUGGAUGGUUAGAUCAGGCACAUGAUCUUCUAGAUGAAAUGCGUUUGAGUGGUGUUAGAACUGGUUCUUCGGUAUAUGCCUCCCUCCUAAAAGCAUAUUGUAAAGCAAACCGAGCAGGAGAAGUUACAUCACUCCUACGAGAUGCAAGUAAGGCUGGGAUCCAGCUAGACUCAAGCUGUUAUGAGGCAUUGAUCCAGUCCCGGGUGAUCCAGAAAGAUAAUCUGGGGGCCCUCAAUCUAUUCAAAGAGAUGAAAGAGGCAAAAAUACCGAGAGCCGGUAAUCAAGAAUUUGAGAUGUUGAUCAAGGGAUGCAGAGAGGGUGGUGAAGCAGGUUUGAUGGCAAAGCUCUUGCAGGAGAUCAAGGAAGGGCAGAGUGCGGAUUGUGGAGUUCAUGAUUGGAAUAACGUAAUUCACUUUUUCAGCAAGAAGAGAUUAAUGCAAGACGCUGAGAAGGCUCUUAAGAAGAUGAGGAGUUUGGGGCAUGCCCCAAAUGCACAAACUUUCCAUUCUAUGGUCACCGGAUAUGCUGCUAUUGGGGGAAAGUAUAUAGAGGUAACAGAGCUUUGGGGAGAGAUGAAGGUUCUUGCUUUUUCCAGUGCAAUGAAGUUUGAUCAAGAAUUGCUGGAUUCUGUACUUUAUACAUUCGUCAGGGGUGGAUUUUUUGCUCGAGCAAAUGAAGUAGUGGAGAUGAUGGAGAGAGGGAAGAUGUUUAUCGACAAGUACAAGUAUCGCACUCUUUUCUUGAAGUACCAUAAGACACUAUACAAGGGCAAGGCUCCCAAGUUCCAGUCAGAAGCACAAUUUAAAAAGAGAGAAUCCGCACUGACUUUUAAGAAAUGGGUUGGCUUAUCUUGAUAAAUUUUAGUCUAAUAUGUGCCUCUCGAAGCUGUUAGCCAAUGGGCCUUCAUGCUGUGAAGAGUUUUUAAAUGUGAUGACAUCCAAAUAUAAACAAGGCUGCAACUGGUUGUUUACAUUUAGCGUGCACUCUGUGUUUGUUGGCAGUGUUAUGUAAAUAGACUGAACUGGGAAAGACGGGGAGGAAAGCUUGAUGAGUUAAUUUGUAAAAUGGAACUGAGAUUACUCGUGAUGAUCAUGACAUUGACAAAACACUGACAAGGCUACCAAUUCUUGUACAUUUUCUCUGUUGGCAUCGUUAUGUAAUGCAUGGAACUGGAAAAGAAGGGGUGAAAGGCUUGAUGAGUUGCUAGAAGUUUAUUAUGCAACUGAGAAUCAUCCAUCAUGAAAAAUGAAGGAUACAUCUCCCAACUAAAUCAUGAAGACAGGUCUGCCAAAGGUUUGUUUCUCUCCUUGUAAUUUCAUAAGCUAAACCCUUUUCGGUUCCUUGCUAAACUUCGUAAUCCUCCAGUUAAAAUGUUUUGUUGUGCCCAAUGCUGUGAGUGAUGUGCCGCAAUUUAUUUCUCAAAUUAGGUUUUAUUGAAACGUAACUCGCGCUGAUCACCGAGUUUAUUACACUUUGGUUAUGUUAAUACCAAAACUAUAUAAGAUAGCCUGCAGGGCUAAUCUUUUGAAAUUCUGGAGCAGAGAGACAACUUGAAUUAGUUCCAUCAAAGACCAUUGAUGUUGGAUCAUUAGUUCAGAGUCAAAAGUUGUUUUAUGGUUCAUUAGUGUCUUAUGGCCAUGGCUCUUAUCCGGAUAAAGCAUUCUUUUGUUCUUAUUUUUGGCCAAGUGUUCAUGUAAUUGAAUUGUUGGUUUUGUUGUCAGUUCGGAUAUAUUUUUUUCUA